AUGGUUUUCUCCUCCAUCCAAGCUUAUCUUGAUUCAUCCAACUGGCAACAAGGUCCUCCGAGCAAUUAUAAUCAGGGCGGGGCAGGAACCUCAGGAAACGGGGGUCAUGGUCUUCGUCCUCAGCUCCAGCCACAACCGCAGACACAGUCUAAUGGGAGCGGAGGAGGAGGCGGCGGCUCAAUCCGAGCAGGAUCUAUGGUUGACAGAGCAAGGCAAGCAAACGUAGCCCUGCCCGAAGCGGCACUGAAAUGUCCAAGAUGCGAAUCCACCAACACCAAGUUCUGCUACUUCAACAACUACAGCCUCACUCAGCCACGGCACUUCUGCAAAACAUGCCGGAGAUACUGGACACGUGGCGGUGCUCUCCGCAACGUCCCCGUCGGCGGCGGCUGCCGGAGAAAUAGGCGUACGAAAAGCAGCAGCAACAAUAACAGCACCGCCACUAGCAACAACACAAGCUUCUCCUCCGCUGCCUCAGGGAAUGCAUCCACCAUCAGCGCGAUUCUCUCCUCAAACUAUGGAGGAAAUCAAGAGAGUAUCUUAAGCCAGAUUUUAUCUCCGGUGAGGCUAAUGAAUCCAAACUACAAUCAUCAUCUCGGAGAUCUCACUGAUAAUACAAAAACAGACAAUAGCAUGAGCUUGUUGAACUAUGGAGGAUUGAAUCAAGACUUGAGGUCAAUCCACAUGGGAAACUCCGGUGGUUCGCUUAUGAGCUGUAUUGAUGAGUGGAGAUCGGCGUCUCAUCAUCAGCAGCCGACUUUGGGAGGUGGAAACUUGGAGGAUACGGCUAAUCCAAAUGCAUCCACAAAUGGGUUUUACCCUUUUGAGUCGCAGAGGAUAACGUCAGCGUCGAUCUCUUCUGCUUUGGCGUCGCAGUUUUCUUCGGUUAAAGUUGAAGAUAAUCCUUACAAAUGGGUUAAUGUCAAUGGUAAUUGCUCUUCCUGGACUGAUCUUUCUACUUUCGGCUCUUCUCGUUGA